UAACAUCAGCACAACACUUUGAUAGACAGGUUGCGAGAAAUGUCUCGUUUCUUGAUACGAUCUAUUUUGUUGAACUGUAUUUCUUUGUUUGGUCAUUUGAGUACAAUAUACUGCUUGGUAUUUUUAUUGCAUGAACAUGAAAAUAUGUACACUGACCAUAGAUCGCGCAAUAUCUCAUCCUUGAACGAAAAAUAGACUGGACCAAGACGUAGUACAGUGGAAUGGAAGUCUACAAG